GCCACAUUUGCGAGUGAUGUAUAUGCAUGCAAUAAUNAUCUUUAAAUCUUUAUAUCUAUACUAUCAAUUUCAUUUUUUCUGCAGUAUAACAUACACUGCAAAGUCAUGCCAAAACAGAUANAACAAAAGCAAUACAGUCUGAAAUAUCGGCGAAGACUUGCACAGCAAACAGUGCACGAUAUAGAAAAGAAUCUACAGACUCAUCAUGCAAGCGACGAAAUGCCACAUUUGGAUAAUCGCGAUAGUUAUGUGGAGGAAAACGUCAAAAAAGCAGAUUGCUUUUCGCAAAUCGUUCAAGAUGAAAUGAUCCAAGAGGUCUUACAAGAUGAGGAAGAAAUCAUGCAAGAAGAAAGAAUUAGAGAAGAAUUAAUANCGUCCGACGAAUACGAUAGUGAUCUUUUGUCGGAAUCGGAAGAUGAAAAUAAUGGUAUCAAUAUUGAUCGGUUACGACAAAAUCUAGUAAAGUGGAUUCAUACAAAUAAUAUAUUUAGAUCCGCAAUAACCGCUUUAUUAAGGGUAUUGAAAGUAGAAGAUCCUAUGAAGUCUCUUCCUGCAGACGCUCGAACGCUCUUAAAAACACCCAGAAAGUCGGAAACUAUUCCAAUGGAACAUGGACGAUAUAUACAUUUUGGUAUUGCGGAAGGUUUACAUCACGUUAUUGAAACAAGCGGCACCAUUGCAUGCAUACCUGAAGAAAUUCAUCUAUCGUUCAAUAUAGACGGAUUACCGCUUACCAAAAGUUCCAAGAGCCAAUUAUGGACCAUUCUGGGAAGUUUCAGAAAUUUNAAGAACAAAUUACCAUUCAUCAUCGGAGCUUUUCACGGGUAUAAAAAACCCCCAGCUGAUGCAGAAGUAUUUUUAAAGUACUUCGUUGAGGAAGCUGAGAGUNUUAUAGAGAAUGGCUAUACCUGGAAAGGUAUUAACAGUAAAUUUAUUAUUGAUUGUUUCAUAUGCGAUGCUUCUGCAAGAGCAUACAUUUCCUGCGUCAAAAGCCAUGGGGGAUAUUAUGCAUGCGGUAAAUGUGAAACCAAAGGCAAGUACUUGGGAAAAGUAGUAUAUCCAGAAAUGGACGCUCCGUUACGAACGGCAGAAUCAUUUGCAACUCAGUCGCAACCAGAACAUCAUAUUGGAAUAAGUCCUUUNAUGAGGCUCAAUAUUGAUAUGGUUUCACAAAUGCCUUAUGACUAUAUGCAUUUAGUGGCAUUAGGCCACAUAAAAAGAAUACUAAAAAUAAUGACUGGAAAGUUGAAUCCGAUAAAGUUAGGUGCACAGCAGGUUUCGGAUAUUUCCGAACGACAGCUUGAACUUCGACAACAUAUUCCGUUUGACUUUGUCCGUAAACCACGAGCUUUGGACGAACUCGAUCGUAUGAAAGCAACUGAACACCGUNAACAUUUGUUUUAUACUGGGCCCGUUGUAUUGCGCAAGAUUGUAAGAUCUGACAUAUAUAAUCAUUUUAUAAAACUAUCUGUGGCGAUGCGUCUUCUAGCAACUCCUGGUAUUGACUUNGAGCAAAAUAGAUAUGCAAAAGGCUUGCUACAAGAAUAUUUUGUUGAAUUCCUACAAUUAUAUGGAGAGGAAAAUGCUACAUACAACACGCAUGGAUUGCUACACUUAGCGGACGAUGCAUUACAGUGGGGAGCACUGGAUGAGUUUUCUGCAUUUACUUUCAAAAACUAUCUACAGCAUAUAAAGAAAUUAGUCAGAGGCAANGAUAAACCUCUUGAGCAAUUAAGUAAUCGGAUAUAUGAAAUUAGAAAUAGCCACUGUGUUGAAUCUUUCAAUGAUGUUAUUAGCACGUAUAAACUAGGAAAAAAAUGCUAUAAUGGAACGGUGAUAGGAGAAUGUACGUCACCUAUGCACAAGGACAUACAGUUCAAGAAUUUUAAAAUUACGACAAAAANACCAAACAACUACUGUAUCAUGACUGACGAAAGUGUUGUAAUGGUGGAAAAUAUUUGCUAUCGCAAUAACUCCGUAAUAGUAAUUGGUAGAAAGUUAAAAAACGGAAAACCUUUUUUNCAUUCGCCAGCGCCGUCAACGUGCUUCGGCAUUAUACAAUUUUCUCAAGAAUAUGGUAGCUUGCAAACAUUUUCAAUUACUAAUAUUAAGAAUAAAGCUGUUGUUCUUCCGAUUUUUGACCAAUCAAACGAAUCUNAAGGCCAUCACAGAAAUGUUGUCGCUUUUCCACUAAUCCAUGGUCAUUAACUUUGAAAAUAUGUUUGCACAUGAAUCUAGAGAUGUCUUUAAAAUUUUGCAUCGUCGACUUCACUAAAGAGAAAGCCGUGGAAGUUGUUCCCGAUUUUUGGAUAUGUGAUUCUUACUGCUCAUGGCCGCCACGUGAUGUAAAUUUUCCAACAAAAUAUGUUAAAAAUAGGUCGGUACCAAAGGAAAAUUGGCCAUCCUUCCAGUGCAGAAUCCUUAAUACUUUUGAUGACUAUGAAACAGCUCGUCNAAACUUAGGGCUAGCUGAAGUAACAUCCGAUUUCCCUAGCGAAGCAGAAAUUACCAGUAAACAAGUGCAUAAACGCAAUAAGAAAUAUUACACUGAUUCAUCCGAAUCAAACAAAGACAAUGUAAAAUCUAAAAAANACAGCGUUCCGAUUUGUAAAUCAUUUAGCCAGAAACAAUUCCAAAAGAAUUGUAAGCCAAAAUCCACAUUUGUUUUGAAUUUAUCCGAUAGCGAAGAAAAUGAGAUUUCGCAAUCAACGGCAAAAGAUCAUGGAAGUUUCGAGCUACAGAUACCAAAACGUCUGCAAGAAAAAUCGAAGCAAAUUAUGAAUACAGUUUCUGCUCCGAAAUCAAAAAAAGAUGCCGCUAUACGUUCACUGUCGUCACUUAAUAUCUACAGUGACCAGUACAAAGAAGGUACUUCAUGUGCAGUUACGCUAUAUCCACAGCACAGUCCGGAGAAUAGAGUAGUUGAAGUCAACAAACUGGCUGAUCAACUCAUUCAACAAAUUCAUCAAGCACAAACAUCUAACAAAAUAAAAAAACCACAAUAUGUUGGAGACUCAGAAUUCGAGAAGCAUGUGAUUAGAGAUCUGACGAUGAUAAAAUUCGAUAUGCGCACACUUGUGGACAUGAUCACCAAAUUAAGCUUCAACAAGCUUACUACUCAUAUAGAUAAAGAAGCUGUUGCCAAACAAAAAGACGAACAGCCAGAAGAAAAUAUUUUGCCAGCUUUCCCACUGCAACAUUGGCAAAAUUUCUGCGACAUGGAGCAUUUACUACACACAAAUGACGCUGCUUGUCGACAACUUG